AUGGGAGAAUAAGAUUAAAAAUUGGACAAGCAGAAGAUAAAGAUAACAAGAUUUGUUAUCUUAAUCUUAUCAGCUCUUUUACUUUUUGGAAACAAUUAUGCUUUUGAUAAUCCAUAAGCAUUACAAUCUUAAAUAAUGGAAGAAGUACACAUUUCAUUAACAGAAUUUAACUACCUCUACUCUUUUUUCAGCCUUCCAAAUAUCUUACUUACAUUGAUUGGAGGAUAUCUAAUAGAUAGAAUUGGUAUUAUAUAAUUGUAGAUGUAGGAUGUCGAAAAAGCAUCAUAAUAUUUGCAUCAUUGGUUACCAUUUCUUAGACUAUUAUAGCAAUCGGUGGAAAAUAAAAGAGUUUUUAUAUGAUGCUGAUUGGAAGAGUGUUUUUAGGAAUAGCAAGUGAAAAUUUGAUUAUCUCAUAAAAUGUAAUAAUUACAGCUUGGUUCAAAGGUCAUUAAUUAUCGACAGUAUAUCUAUAUAUCAAUUUAAUAGGCAAGUGGUUGUAUAGUAACUCUCCCAGAAAUAGCAGCUGCACUAAACUCUUACUUUUCACCUAUGAUUUAUGAUUAUACAGGAAGCAUCACAUAUCCUUUAUUCACAAGUGUGCUUAUUUGCAUCUUUUCACUUUUUUGUGCUAUUUUGCUGUUGUUUUUUGAUAAAUCAAGAGAAUCAAUUUUAAAAUAAGAAAAAUAAGAAAAAUCUACUAUUUCAAGUAAUGAAGAAUAGCAUGAUAGUUUGAAUGAUAGUUAAUAAAUAACUUAAAAUACAUUACAUUCUGAAGCACCCAAAUUAUAAGAAAUCAGAAAAUUUCCAAUAUUAUAUUGGUAUCUGACCGCAAUUUGUACUUUAUGUUUAGGGAUCUACAUAUCCUUUAUGGAUGAUGUCAGUGAUUAUUAUUAGAAGAAAUUCUAAUUUAAACCAGUAGAAGCUGGAACAUUCAUUACCAUUCCAUACAUUUUCAGUGCCUUCCUCUGUCCAUUUAUUGGUUAUUUUAUAGAUAAAGUUGGGCAUAGAAGAUUUUUCUUAAUGAUUACUUCCUUUCUCUUUAUCAUAGCUUAGAUACUAUUUGGCUCCAUUCAAGUUGGCAGCGAUGAGAAAUGGAUAGCAGCUAUACCAUUAUUUAUCUAGGGUUUGGCAUUUACAAUGUACUCUUGUGUAAUGAUACCUUGCAUAUAAUACAUUGUGGACUAAUAAAAUAUGGGAACUGCCUUUGGAAUUCUUGGCAUGUUCGAAUCAAUAGCUUUAUCUUGUUUUCCUAUAGUUGCUAGCUAAAUUGUCGAGUUUGCAGACGACCUCUAAAUUGGAUAUAAAAACAUGUCCCUGUUUUAUUCCAUCCUAGGUAAAGACUUUAAUUAUUGAUUAGGCCUUUUUUCGCUAUUUCUCUGCAUUAAUUUAUAUCAUUAUGAUUAGUCAAACAAAUUGGACUUUAUAGAUCCUAACAACCCUUUACCAGAAGAAGUGCGCAGAAUGAAUGAAUACAGCAUGAUAACUGAAGAGAAGUAUUCCGUUUCAGAAGAAAAAUGA